AUGACUCAAUCAAUGCUGAAACUUCAGGGAAUGUCUGACCGUUUUUGGGCUGAAGGAGUGGUUGCUGCAACCUAUAUUCUUAACCUUUCACCCACCAAAGCGGUAUGGAACAAGAUUCCAUAUGAAGCAUGGAGCGGAUACAAGCCAUCGAAUAAGCUAGCCGAAAAAUCACGAAAACACAUAUUUAUUGGCUACUGUACUAAGUCAAAGGCUUAUCGAGUUUAUGAUCCUAUGGAUCAUAAAAUUACAGUCAGCCGAAAUGUUAUGUUUGAUGAGCAGGCUACGUGGGAUUGGACAGAAAAAAAGAUCAGCAACACAACAUCUGCAAUGGUUGAAAUUGAGUUGAUGGAAGAUGAUGGACCUCAGAUUUUGACACCAACCAAACACGAUCUCACCACUCCUACAGAAUCCUCUCUGGAAGAGUCGACAGUACCCAAUGAUCCAGCCACACUACGCAGAAGCACACGUGGCCAAAUUCCUAGGCGUCGCUUUGAGAUUGAGGGGGAGGAUGCUUCAUCUUUAGUUCUGUUUGCAGCAGAUCCUAUGACAGUAGAAGAAGCAAUGGAGAAGGCAGAGUGGAGAAAUGCGAUGCAGGAGGAGUUAUCAGCUAUCGAACGGAACCAAACAUGGAAAAUGAAACACAAGGCCAGACUAGUAGCUCAAGGCUUCACACAACAACAUGGACUCGAUUAUGAGGAAACAUUCUCUCCGGUAGCACAUUUUGACACGGUGCGGAUUCUCUUGGCACUUGCAGCACAACAACAAUGGAAAAUCUAUCAGUUUGAUGUCAAGUCUGCCUUCCUAAAUGGAGAUUUACAAGAAGAAGUUUAUGUUAGUCAACCACCUGGAUUUGAAAAUAACGAGGAAAAAGUGUUACGUCUACAUAAAGCUUUCUACGGACUUAAGCAAGCUCCGCGUGCUUGGUACAACAAGAUUGCUGACUUCCUCCAAAAAGUUGGAUUCGAAAAAAGUCCCAAUGAGCCGACGUUGUAUAUAAAAAGACGAGGUACAUGUGAUUUACUUAUUCUAAGUCUCUAUGUUGAUGACAUGAUAUACAUGAGCUCAUCUAUGCAUCUCAUAAAUGAGUUUCAAACAUCAAUGAAGAAAAUGUUUGACAUGACCGACUUGGGAGAAUUACAAUACUUUUUGGGAUUGGAAAUCACUCAAGACCGUAAAGGCAUAUUCAUGACACAAAGGAAAUAUGUGGAGGACACAUUGAAGAAAUCUAAUAUGUUGGGAUGCAAUACAGUUGCAACGCCAAUGAACAUUGGCGAAAAGCUGACUGCUUGCGACAACACAAUGUUGGCAGAUGCAACAGUUUAUCGAAGUUUGGUGGGGAGGUUAAUCUAUCUCACUCACUCACGACCAGACAUUGCAUAUUCAGUCGGUGUGUUGUCACGAUUUAUGCAAAAGCCCACUCAACAUUGUCUUGGAGCAGCAAAAAGGGUUUUAAGAUAUUUGGCUGGAACUAAGGAUUUUGGAAUUUGGUUCUGCAAAGUUGAGGACUUCAGCCUUAAAGGCUUUACGGACAGUGACUGGGCCGGAAACUUGGAUGAUCGAAGAAACACAUCUGAAAAUUGCUUUAUGUUGGGGACAACUGCAAUCUCCUGGAACUCAAAAAAACAACCCACAGUAGCUGUGUCAAAAACUAGUGUGGCCAAAACAAAUCCCCAAUGGAAGCGGCAAUUCUGUUGCGUUUUGUCGCUCCGUUUACCCCGCUACGACGUCGUUUCACUUCCCCACCAAACGCUUCGCUCAAUCGACAGCAAGGAUGUAAAAGGGUUGAAGUCGAAGAGGGAAUGGGUGGCGGAGUUGGUGUCCAAAAACGACGAUGUUGUCCGCAGCAUGCCUAUAACCGUCGGCGGCUUAUCACUGUUGGCUGUGCUCGUCAACCGUGCCGUUUCAGGCAUUGCUCCAGUUGCUGAUGCCAGCAGUUCACAAUCUAGAGCAGAUUUAUUGGCAAUUGGUUUGGCUGUGGCUAAUAUUCUGAAUGGCCUUGUGUGGCUCUCUAUUCGACCGAAGCCUAUUGCUACGGUGAGUCCCAUAGGGGUGCAAUGCCAAAGACUAUACCAUGAGCUUCCUGAAUUUGUCAUAGCUGAGUUACUUUGGACAUGGGAGUCUGUAUCAAACGUAACAUGUUGCAGGUCUCUUGUUGUUGUGUACAACAGUAUCUGUAUUUUGCAAGCUGGGUUUGCUGAUGUAUCACGCUCAAAUGAAGGUGAACCCAUGGUUGUAGAUACCGAUAACUUGAUGAAGGGAUCUCUUUAUAGUGGCAUUGUUAAAUCAGGAUCACAAAGCUACUUGGCCAACUUGUCAUUGUACCCUGGGAAGUCUGAGCUUCCAUUUCUACCUCCAAACACUCAGGCUGUUAUCCUGCAGCCUAUUGGGGAUAAAGGAAUUGCAAUAGUUGGUGGAGACACAAUUAGAGGCUUCACUACAUCUGACCAGGCUUGGAUCAAUUUAAUUGGAGAGAAGCUGGAUACUACACUGUCAAAAAUCGUAAAUGAAAAACCAUUGAGAGCUGAGGAAAAAGAUUGAGCAAUCCUGUGCAGUAUCAAAUUCAUGUUAAGCUUAUGGUGUCUGGAAAUAACACUAAGGCAGAUUAGAGUCAAAAGCCUCUCCAAGUUAUUGGUAGCUUGAUUCUCCCAUGGCAGUGAACUCAAAAGAAUCAGCUGAAUUGGUCCACAAAGUACUUCAACCCUGUGACCCAACCUUCAAAGAACUUCCUGGCCAAUCAGGCUAGUGACUCGACUCAAUGGCUUCCGUCCCCAACCCAGGUACUGUGUGUCUCUCUCUCUCUCAAUCCUUUACUUGGCCUCUGCUCUGCUGCCAAUCUACGACGUUAAGUAUAAAGCAACAGCAACUCUUCUUUGGAACUUUGUUUUAAAAACUCCCCGCACUGUCACUGUGUAUCUAUUGCCAUACUCUUGAGGCAAAUUCAUGUUCAUGGGUCAUUUCUUGAUCUAGAAAUUUUGCACUGUUGUGAUCCUCUAAUCUUUAUUUUUCUGUCCAAAUGGAAGUCCAACUUAUAAAUCUUCCUUGUGAAACAAAGCUGAUGAUAAGGGUUUUAUUUUUUUU